AUGUUUGGUGGUCCACCGGAAGGCGCUCAAGUAACUUGGAACGACAAACGACUACCUUAUCAAAUCUUUGAUGACGACAGUAGGGAGAUAAGUCCAGUUGUCGGACAUACAAUGAUUGAAUAUAAAAAAUCAUUGAUUGUAUGGGGCGGUUAUUAUUUUGAGGAAGACAACGAGUUCCGUUAUCGCUCUUCCACGUUUCUGUACAUAUUACCUGCUGGUUUGCUGACCGGUUGUAAAGAUGUUAAGUGGAUACUUUAUCAUGUCCCACAUGGUGAUGUACCUCCAUCAAUUAGUGGUGCUUGUGCUGUAUUAUGUGGCUGUUGCAUUUUUAUCUUUGGAGGCUACGUCCGACGUUCAACUCCCAAUAAUAUCUUGGAAGGCCAGUCAUCGGCAAUGUACGUACUGGAUUUAGUACAAGAACGUUGGUCACUGGUUGUCACUAACGAUGAGAGCCUCAUACCAACACCUCGAGACAAAAUGGCUGGAUGGUGUUACAGGAAGAAGUGUUACUACUUUGGUGGGUAUGGACCGGGCCCUUUUGAUAUGCCAAAUCCAGCGUUAUAUUUGAGAGAUGUGGGAGAAUUUGUCGCUGAUGAAACUAGGCCUUUCUACUGGAAUAACCAGUUACUGAUUUUUGAUCCUGAUCCAACAAAACAGUUGAACUGGACUCUUGCAAAAGUUGGAGGAACGGUGCCUUCAGCCCGUGCAGCAUCUGCAUGCACGUUUCUUGAAAGAUUUAAUGCUAUCCUACUUUUCGGUGGACGAAGUCAAAAUCAACGACUAAAUGAUUUGUACCUGCUUGAUCUGUCAUCCCUCAUCUGGACGCAAAUUGAUGUGACGGGAAUAAACGAACCAGAAGGUAGAACAUGGUGUUCACUCAAUACACUAUUUCCAAAUCAGGCUUUGGUUUACGGUGGAUAUUCGAAUGGAGCUCGGGCACUGUCUGAUUUUUGGAGAAUAGAAGUACAGAAAGAUAGUGUUGGACGUUAUCUAGGAACGUGGACUGCAGUAAAUAUUGAACUUGAAACGAAGUCCUGCAGAUUAUGGCAUACGGCAGCUAUUGUUGAUGGACAACUGUUUGUAUGCGGUGGAACAGAUGCGUUGUUAGAAGAACACAUUAAAAUCAAAGGUGUCUUGAAAAAACGAAUGGAACCGCUUCCGUUAUCGACGAUUUGCUUAGGUGUUCUAUUUCCAGUAGUAAGCGAAGUCAAUAUGUUACCUGCUCCUUUCCAGCUACGUUUUGCAUGGGCUCGUUAUGUUUUAUCUCGAGGUUAUCAAGCGCUUCAUUUAGGUACAGAAUACUUCAAAAAAUACAAACUGUUGGAGAUACUUGAAAUGUGCUGA